AGUGUGUUAAAAAGAAUACGUCCGUCGGUGUUGCGUGUCGAUUGCGGAAAUCACACAGCUGUGAAAAGGUCAUCCCCUGUUUGUGCGUGCGUGUGUGCGUGUCUCUCUUUGUGCGUGUUCCUGUGUGUGCCGCUACUUUCUGCGCGGACUGCUCCACCCAUCCACCGCCCACCCACACACACAGACGCACACACAACCCAGCGAGUAAGCCGGUUUGCACGCCGGGGUGAGGGAUCAAACCCGUUUUCCCGCCGGAAAUCGAAGUAGCAGGUCCACUCGAAGCCAUCUGGUGGACAUCGGGACAUCUAUGGGCGGUCUUUGUCUACUAAAAACUCGUUAUGUCGCCGGGUCAUGGGGCGUUGAGUGAAGGCGGCCAAUGGACAUGUUAGGAUUCUGGUGAUAAAGGUACAUGGGAUAGAACUAGAGUUGUGAGAUAAGAUAGAAAAGAAAAAAACAAAAAUCCAGGUUACACGAACUAAGAUUCAACUUUUGGAAUUGAUGCCUCUAUCUCGACGAGACCUCACCUACUCGAGAUGCCAGCUUCACUCUCACUCCUUCCCCUCGCGUUCGACUCCAGCUUCGACGGUUGUCCCUGAAGCAAGAGGCGGCGAGGAGAAACCUGGAUCAGCGAGUCAAGGCGGGGAGCUCGAAGCAACCCGCGUUUCGAACCGUGCGUCGUGGCUCGUGUCGUAUGUGAUCGCAACUCCUCCGAAAAUGUCGACGAGGGAUUCCGCUUCGUCCGGGACUUCGAAGUGGGCGUGGGUGUGGGCGUGUUUGGUGUUCUUCGUCAUCUACAGCCCAUCUGCAACGGAAGCGAAGUUUAUUGAAGGUUAUUUGAAGACAGCCGAGAAAUGGGCGUUCCUCACACGAUUCUGUUUCCUGUCCGAUGACGGUACGUUUUCCUUCGACGUGGAGUACGACAUCGAGUACGCCAUGGAGAAGAUCCUGCUGUACUACGACUCGCCUCACCAGUGGCCCGCCGUGUACAAGAGCGACAAGGGACUGGAGCUCAGGUACCGCUUCACCAUGACCAAUGGCUACGACUACUGGCACAAACACUUCUCGGCCGAUGAAUUCUAUAUUUUAAGGACUGAUUUGACGGCCCUCAUUCUACAGCUCGGCAUUCUCUUCCUCUCUCUUCUGGCAGCCUCUGAGCUCAAGAACCGUCAGCUGUUCCACUCGACGUACAGGCUGUACAUGACCGCCGUGGUGCUGCAGGUUAGCGGGCUGGCCUUCCUCAGCCUGCACUACGGGAGGUAUGGGUACAACGGCGUCGGUCCCUCUCCUCCUCUCCUUCGCUCUCCAGGUCGAGUCCUUCUCUCCAUCGGCACAGUGGUCAUGGUCCUGAUGCUGCUCCUGAUGGGCAAGGGUUUCAACAUCACCAGGGGGCGGUUGAGGCAGGCAUCAGCUGUUCGACUGACCCUCUUCAUGUGUCUCUACAGCAUCACCUACACGACGUUGUUUAUCUACGAACAGCUGAUCUUCGACCCCGGGGAGGUGCUCUACCUGUACGAGUCUCCAGCGGGCUACGGGCUCAUCGUGCUCCGCCUCCUCGCCUGGUUUAUGUUCUGCUACAACUGUUUCUUCACCAUCAAGCACUACCCUGAGAAGUCGUCCUUUUUCAUCCCCUUCUACCCCUACACGCCUUCGUUCAUCUCGGGCCCCAUAGUCAUUAUCAUCAGCAACCACGUGAUCGACAAGUGGGUGAGGGAGAAGGUGGUGAACGGCGUCGAGCUCUCCAUCACCCUGCUGGGCCACGCCUUCUUCCUGUUCCUGACGCGCCCCAGCGCCGCCAACAAGAACUUCCCCUACCACGUGCGGACCUCCCAGAUCACCGCCCUUGAGCGCUCGACGACGGGCGUGGUCGGCAACAACACCCUCGACACCUUCUCGCGCCACACCUACGCCCCCGACCUGUGUGACGGAGGAGGAGGAGGAGGAGGACUUGGAGGAGGAGGACUUGGGUUCGGCGAGGCGGAACCCAAGAACUUCGCGGCGCCGGAUCUCUUUCUCGUCUCGGGGGCCGUGAGAUGCGCCCGAUUCCGGCCCCGAAGAGCAUCGUCAAGCAAGACAAGAGCUUCCCUCACCACGCUCCAGGGGCGCCGCCCGCCGUCUUCCACGAGCCCGUGUCGCUCUCCUGACAGGGCUUCGAUCUCUUCUGAGGGCGGGGGGGCGUGACGGGAGACGAAGGGCGUGAAGGCAGUUCAUAGUUAUGUGUGUGUGUAUAGAUG